AUGGACUGUUACCCUAUCCCCGUGGAUAAUAAUUUAAGUAGAAAAAGGCAAGCUGAACCUGCUAAAUGGAAAAGAAAUUUGGCCAAAAGACAGAGCCCUCAAAAGCACCUGGAUAUUAUAUCGCGGUUCAGCACAGUGACGAAAUUAGGAGUUGAUUGUGAAGUUUUAGAUUGGAAGACUGCUUCACAAGAAGUAUUUAAGCCGGUGGGUAACUGGCACUUCCAGUUUAAAUUAUGUAAACGUUUUAUUCUAAGACGUUCUAAAAGGGCUGGAAAUGUUUUGAUUGGUGGACAUCUCUACUAUAAAACCGAUGACGAAGCCUGUAAAAAUGUCUGCGAAAGAGGAAAAUCAAGCUCCAUGCUAAAUCAGUCAAAGAUAAAUCCAUCAUGUACCUUAUCUGAUGUAAAGAAAAAGGACAUUUUAACACUAAAAAGUCAUUGGGGCAAUGAUUGGCAACAAAACGAAGAAUUAUUAUUUUUUAAGACCCUAUUAAAUGACGCUGAAAUUCAAGUUGAAUGCGCUGAAGACAGUUAA